AAUAUGUUUCCAUUUUGAUGAUCAUUAUGCAGGAAACAUUGCACAAUCAUCCUGAAAGCAAAACAACAGAUGAGACAAUCGAACCUCUGGAGGCAUCUUAUAAUGGUUCUGAUAUGAGAGAAAAGGAUGUGGAAGAUGAAGGAAGGGCUCAGUCUAAUAAGGAAAAUCUUCUUACAAAUUGGCCACUAAUGUCAUCUAUCAUUGUGUAUUGUGUUUUCUCCCUUCAUGAUAUGGCCUAUUCCGAGAUAUUCUCUCUAUGGGCUGAGAGCGACAGAAAAUUUGGAGGGUUAAGUUUUUCAUCGGAGGAUGUUGGCGAGGUUCUUGCGAUAUCAGGUUUCAGUCUUCUAGUAUUUCAACUGUUUCUUUAUCCGCCAGCAGAGAGACUCCUCGGGCCCAUAAAUUUAUCUCGUGUUUCAGCGGUAUACAUUCAUGCUCACCUCUCUUCAUCUUUUGAUGUUUUAUUCUAUGUUUCCACACUUCACCAUGAUAUUCAAUGAUUUCAAUAUGCAGGCCAUAUCUAUACCACUGCUUGCCAGUCAUCCCUUUAUGACUAAUCUAUCAGGACUCGUGCUUUCAGUAGCA